GCGGUGCGCGAGGCUCCACGGGUCCGGGUUGUCCUCGGGCCUCGGCCCUCAGCGCCCCGCCCACCGGUCCUGCCGCGCCCGGAGCGGCGCUUGGACCGCGGAGCACAGGUGUGUGCUCUGGCGACCCGGCCGUGCUGCUCGGUAGUGAUGCGGCGCUGCUCCGUCCCCUUGCGCGCUGCGCGCCGGGACUUCUCGGGGACGGGAGGCCAGUGUCGCGGUCGGCGCGGCUGUCACAGCGCCGGCCCCGCGUGGAUCUAGUGUGUGUCCGCUGUCGUGGCGCUCCGAGUGUGGCCGCUGUGGGGCUUCGACAACCUGUGCGCCUGCAGUAAGGGGACCCGCGGCUCCGAGCCUGCGCUUCCGGGGAGCCGUGGGGAGAACCCUGCGCCAGAGCCUUCAACACCAUGAUGUCCAUCAGGCAGAGAAAAGGAGCCAAAGCCUCGGAAGGGUCUGAGGAUGGCGCCGCCCAGCAGGAGAGUGUGACGCUGGAACGUGAGGUGCCCUCCGGAGGUUGUACCGGGAGAAGACUGUGGCAGGUUCUGUCACUCACAGCCGGUGGAGCUGUAGCCCUCUGUGCUGGAGUGCUGACCUCCGUCUACCUGGCCACUCUACACGAAAACGACCUGUGGUUUUCCAACAUUAAGGAGGUGGAGCGGGAGAUCUCCUUCCGGACCGAGUGUGGGCUGUACUACUCCUACUACAAGCAGAUGUUGCAGGCGCCCAGCCUCCUGCAAGGUUUUCACGGCCUGAUGUACGACAACAAAACCGAAUCCAUGAGGACAAUCAACCUCCUGCAGCGAAUGAACAUUUACCAGGAGGUUCUCCUCAGCGCUCUGUACCGCGCCCUGCCCGUGCAGAAAUACCUGGAGCCGGUCUAUUUUUACAUCUACACCUUGUUCGGGCUCCAGGCGGUCUACGUCGCAGCCCUCUACGUGACCAGCUGGCUCCUCAGCGGCACGUGGCUGGCGGGGCUGCUGGCCGCGUGCUGGUACGUCACCAACAGAGUCGACACGACCCGGGUGGAGUUCACCGUCCCGCUGCGGGAGAACUGGGCGCUGCCCUUCCUCGCCGUCCAGGUGGCGGCUCUCACCUACUUCCUGAGGCCCAACCUGCGGCCCGUAUCUGAGAGGCUGGCCCUUCUCGCCAUUUUCGUGUCGACCUUCGUCUUCAGCCUGACGUGGCAGUUCAAUCAGUUCACGAUGCUGCUGCAGGCCCUGGGGCUCUUCGCCCUGGACUCCCUGGACAUGCUGCCGGCCCUGAAGGCGACGUGGCUGUACACGAUUCAGGUCGCAGCUUUGCUCCUGGUCUGCGCCCUUCAGUUUUUCAACUCCAUGAUUCUUGGGUCGCUGCUUAUCAGUUUCAACCUCUCAGUAUUGAUUGUAAGAAGACUUCAGAAAGAUCUGAAGACUGGAAACCUCCUUAGCAGGCUCAGGAAGCUGUCGCUACACUUACUCGUGGUCUUGUGUUUGACGAUUUUCCUCAACAACGUCACCAAGAAAACCCUCAACCUGAAGUCAGACGAGCACGUGUUUAAGUUUCUGAAGGCAAAGUUUGGCUUCGGAGCGACAAGAGACUUCGACGCGAAUCUGUACCUCUGCGAAGAGGCCUUUGGCCUCCUGCCCUUGAACACCUUCGGGAGGCUCUCGGACACCCUGCUCUUCCACGCCCACCUGUUCGUCCUGGGCGUCACCGCGGUGGCCGCGCUAGCCGUCGCCUUCCGCAACCUCAGCGGCACCCCCGGCCGGCCGCCCCAGGAGGCCGGAGCCUGCCCCGUCAGCCUGCGGCCGGAGACCGCCUACAACCUGAUGCACACCAUCCUGUUUGGGUUCCUGGCCCUGAGCACGAUGAGGAUGAAGUACCUGUGGACGCCGCACCUGUGCAUGUUCGCAGCCUCUGGCCUGUGCAGCGCGGAAGUGUGGGGGCCGCUCCUGAGGGUUGCCCGCCUGUACACCCCAGCGAGGAUGUGCGUGCUGCGGUAUUCUGUUCCGAUACUGAUCCUGCUCUCGCUGUGCUACAAGUUCUGGCCAGGAAUGAUGGAUGAGCUGUCGGAGUUGAGGGAAUUCUAUGACCCAGACACAGUGGAGCUGAUGGACUGGAUUAAGGCUAACACCCCAGGGACGGCGGUGUUCGCCGGGAGCAUGCAGCUGCUGGCCGGGGUCAAGCUGUGCACGGGCCGGACCCUCACCAACCACCCCCACUACGAGGACAGUGGCCUGCGGGCCCGGACCAAGGCCGUCUACCAGAUCUAUGCGAAGAGGCCCCCGGAGGAGGUGCACGCCCUGCUGCGGGCCCUGGGCGCCGACUACGUCAUCCUGGAGGACAGCGUCUGCUACGAGCGGCGGCACCGGCGGGGCUGCCGGCUGCGGGACCUGCUGGACGUGGCCAACGGGCACGUGAUGGACGGCCCGGGGGAGAACGAGCCGGACCUGAGGCAGGCCGGCCACCCCCGCUUCUGCGAGGAGGUCCGGAGGGACCUGCCUGCAUACACGCGGCUCUUCACGCGGGUGUUCCAGAACAAGACGUUCCACGUGUACAGGCUGGCCCGAGACCCGUGACCCCUUCCUCUUCCGUGCCGGCGGUGGAACUCCCUCGCAGCGAACCUCCGCGGACGGCGUUUCGUGGGUGACGAGGCGGCCCGGACCCUCGCGCUGUGACGCCAGAGGGCCCACAGAUGUUUACACGGCCCUUCCCGUCUGUGGAGCGCCCCGCACCAGCUCAGGGCCAUCCCGCUCGCCUGUGUCUCCCUCCCACGCUCUCCAGCUGCGUGUGGUCGGCGCCCGCAGAGCGGCCGAGGGCUCUGUGGUCGGGACAGUGCCUGCCCCACAGGCGGCCGGCGCGGCCCGUUCCCUGUGGGAGCCGUGGCCCGUGCCGGGUUGGAAGCCUGCGGGUUUCCAGUGGGCUGGAGCCAGCGACGGUCACGACGCACCGCGGGGUCCGUGCCCCGGUCACCGACUGUUACCCCCUCGUGAGGCCCAGCUGGUGGCUCUGUGAGAGCCCGUCAUCGACCGCCCUGCUCCACCUAGAAGUUUUAUAAUGGUUUCCAACUAUCGCGCUUUUAACAUUUCAAAACAAAUCACGUUAGGUCUUUGUAACUGAAUCUCUCCUUUGUGCUCCGUCUGGGAUGUGAUGUGUCACAUGCCGUGUGCUUUGCCUGUGCGGACACGGGCGGCUCCCAGGCCCACACGGCAGACUCCAAAGGGCAGCAGUGCGUGUGGUCGCGUGUGGUCGCGUGUGCCGUCACCGUCCCGCGUGGCUGUUCUCAACCCUGCAUUCCAUGUCACCGGUCCCGCCAGAAAGAGCACUUUUCUUCAUUUCUUACUCGUUUAAAUUGACUGGGUUUGCAAAAUUUUGUAAACAUUUUGUUUUUAGCCUUUGUAUUUUUUACAGCCUAGAACCUUGCAGAAUCUGAAUAUUUUUAGGAUAUUGUACCUUGACGAAUGCAUCGACGCAGUAUUUUUGGGAGAGCACGUCUCCCACCGAGCCUGGCUGCGGUCUCACUGUGAGGGCCCGGGGGUGAGGCUCCGCCCCCGGAAACCCAGAGCCUCGGAGUCCUGCUGACCCGCAGACGCCAGGCGCUCUGCGCGCCUGCCCCCAAGGUCUGCUGACUGUUUUUAUGAGUAAUUUCUCACAACGACGGGACGUGUGAGAGAGGUCGGGAAAAGUGUCUUGUGCAUUUCAGGAGGUCAGGAUGGCUGAAGAUACUGGCCCUGGCCCCCCUACCCGGGGCCGGGCUGCCCGUGGUCCCCGCGGCUGCGGAGAAGCCAGCCGGCACCGGCGUCGACGUGCGGGCGGCUGCAGCCCGGUGGCCCUGUGCUCGGUUCUGACCCGCCAAGCGGCACCUGAAGCAGGCUGGACAGUGUGUGGACUCAAGGGCACUUGGCUCUUAUCAAAACCUAUUAAACUGAAAACUGGCAGUAGCUGGGUGUAUUAAAUUAUGCAACGAA